AGAUCUGGCUAAAAUGAAAACCAACAUUCGGGCAAAACUUUACUGUAGUUCAAAAGCGACAGGAGAAACUUGCGCCAGUGCGAACGCCUGUCAUGUCAAACUUGUCAGCCAAUUAAAUAGCAACAUAGGAGAAACUCGCAAUUUGAUUGGCCGGCAAGACCUCGCCUUGAAUAGAUGUGUAAAAGUCCAACCCAUAAUUUUCUGGGAUUGAAAUGUAAGCCUGUGUUCCUAGCCAUCAGGAAACAGAAGGCGAAUUUUCCUCUCUUACAACUAAUCGCUAUCGCAUCCGUCUCGGACGCUUAAUUUUUUAUCUGCUUCGGUGCAAUAAAGCAGCUAAACUGGACUCAGAACAGAUUACGGCAGGGCACCACUCUGAAGUUUCUUUUAUAAUCGGGAGGCUAAACGCAAUGGAGCCAGCCUUUGGGGAGGUAAACCAGCUAGGAGGUGUUUUUGUGAACGGAAGACCCCUGCCCAAUGCCAUCAGGCUUCGGAUAGUAGAGCUGGCCCAGCUGGGCAUCAGGCCUUGCGACAUCAGCAGGCAGCUCCGUGUCUCUCACGGCUGUGUGAGCAAGAUUCUGGCCCGGUACAACGAGACUGGCUCAAUACUCCCGGGCGCAAUCGGCGGUAGUAAGCCAAGGGUCACGACCCCAACCGUAGUCAAGCACAUUCGGACUUACAAGCAACGGGACCCUGGCAUUUUCGCAUGGGAGAUUCGAGAUAGACUGCUUGCCGACGGUGUGUGUGAUAAAUUUAAUCUACCAUCUGUCAGCUCCAUCAGUAGGAUUCUCCGCAACAAAAUCGGAAAUCUGUCCCAACAAAACCAGUACGAGUCGAGCAAACAGAACCCUCAUCCCCAGCCGCAGCCGACCAUACCGUACAACCACCUGUACUCGUAUCCUACACCGAUCGGCACUGGGACUAAAGUACCAACUACGCCUGGCAUGCCCACUCUUCCUGGACACAUGGCAAUGCAUAGGAUAUGGCCUUCGUCUCAUUCUGUUACAGAUAUUCUUGGCAUUCGAUCAAUAACGGAGCAGCAAAUUAGUGACAGUCCUUCCUUUCCCAGUGCCAAACUAGAAGAAUGGAGUGCUAUUAACAGGAGUAAUUUUUCGCCAGCGAGUUCUCCACUAGUCAAUGGUGUGGAUAAGCCUCACUUAGAACCUGAAGCAAAAUACUCACAGACGCCGAAUGGAUUGCCCACAGUGAACAGUUAUGUCACAGCUCCCAGCAUCCAUCCUUACCACCCUCCCACCCAAGUGUCACCCUACAUGGGGUACAGCGGCACCACGUCGGCCUAUGUGACCGGCCCCACAUGGCAGCCGCCCACCAGUGGCAGUGCUCUCUCUCCCCACAGCUGUGACAUUACCGCCCCGUUGGCCUUCAAGAGCAUGGCUGCCACGCGAGACUCUGUCCAUCCCGUUACCGCCUCCGCCCUUUGACUUUCAAAGGAGGGGGGUCAAAGACAGAAAGUGAAAGAACGAAAAAGAGAGAGAGAGAGAUCGGGUGACACACGGCAGCACAGACUUUUCCAGACCGACUCUCUCUGGAUGGACUAAUGUUAUGCCUUUACUAUAUUUAUGAAAGACUUGUCAGAUGAGCCAUGUACUAUUUUAAAAAUGCCCACGUUCUCCUGCUCCAAAUCAGCAUCUCCCACAAAGAGAGCAAGAGUCAGAAUAUGCAAAGGCCUAUCUGUCCGAUCCGAACCAAGGAUUUACUAAAAAAAACAAAAACAUCUUCAGGUGCUUGAUAGUGUGCAGUGAAUAUUGUCUGAUUGUGGUGGGCAUUCCUCAUGAACUUGCUUCAUCACUUGUCUGAGAUAAAUUGCGGUGCUUCUCUCUGUGAAUAUAUUGUAUGUUUUCAAGAAAAUGAUUGAAUAAGCAAUCUCAUGUAAAACGACCGACCAGUUUGCAUUUAAAUGUUUUUCAGGGUGUUAUAAAGUGCUAAUGUUUAGAUGUUCUGCUUUGUUUCUUUUUUUUUU